AUGUGGAAAAUAAUCAUCAUUUGUCUAUGCUUCUUUGCAAUACAUUCGAAUGCAGGUAUUUUUAUUUUUAUUCUCAGUUUGCAAACAAAAAACGAAAGCGGCUCGAGUGAUGCGAGUAUAUGUCCCUUUGAAAUAUAUACUGUAUCUGGGCUACUCUACAGUUUUUUAAAGGAACAUAAGUACACUCGCUUCGCUCGAGUCGCUUACGCUUUGUUCUACACUCGCGCCAGAGGCGCUCGGGGUACUGUGUGCUCCCGAGCGUUUUUGGCUCGAGUGUAGGAGUGUAUGCCCUUUCUACUGUAGUAUAAAGGGUCAUACAGUACCUCGUACAGUACCUCGAAACUACAGUACGUAGUUUCCUCUUGUAGACAUGAAAAACAAAUUGAGACUCAAAAAAAUGGAUUUUCUGAAAUUUGUGGAAAUAUCCAAAAAUCGAUCAUCGGUCCUAUGAACUCAUGUGUAAAUUUUUUCAGAUACAACUGGCGAGUCUCUAAAUAGUUUAAAUGCAUCUACUUCCGAAACUUCAUCAUCCUCCCUUUUCGACAUGGACCAAGAAAUCGCUCAAUUCAAUACCUCGUGCCUAUCUAGAAGAGAUUUCAUAGAACUAGGAGGAAAUCUAACGGGCUUCCAUUUCACGAAUUGCUUUGUUAAUCUUCUGAUGAAUAAAGCUGUAGAUGUAAUUGCGAAUAGUGAAAUGCGCGCUGCUCUUGGAUUUCCUCCUCCAGGACCAUGGAAACAUUAUAGUAAGAGGAAUUUAGAAGAACUCGAAUUUGCCACCCCAGAAGAAUACUUUGAAUUCAAAGAGGAGAACAAAAAGCUGAGUCUGGAUAGCGAGUUGUAUUAUGAGCAUAAUUUCCCACCAGCUAUCAAAUUUUUGGAUGAACGAUUUCCCGCUAUUCGGAGAAUUUUCAAGAAUAGAUUUAAUAACAUUCAUCGAGCAAAUCCAAUUGAUCGAGAAACUGUUGAUGCGAUUAGGAACGUAUAUUCUGAUCAUAUUCGUCCCAAAAUACAGCCUUUUAAUGAUUUCUUCUGGAAGAAGCGUUGCUUCUAUAAGUUAUAUGAAAGCUAUCAAGAUGAACCCAAAGACACCUAG